UGGUCACAAGUAUCUCUCUAGACUGGAUCAGCUUCUGGGAAAAAAAUAAACUCCCCUGAAUUAUUAAAGAUUAAGCCCUACUUAUCACAAUGCAUUGCCUGAAAAGUCUGAGGACAGCCAACCCGGGAAUCGUGCAGCUAUUUAAAAAUGGAGGGAUCUCCGCCAGAGUUAGGGCUGACAGUAUUGUUUUGUCCAGGACUCAGCAACCUGUUCCUGUCCCCUGCUGGGCCGCAGCAUCACCUCACAGCCAAAGAGCCCUUCAUAACAAGAAGGGUCCUGAUGUGGACCAAGUGCACUCCAACAGAGGUAGGUUGAUGUCCAGUAUGGAGGACCUACUUUUUUACACCAUCACCGAGGGCAAGGAGAUGAUCCCCCUCUCGCAGUUCAUCUCUGCUUUGAGAAAAACAGGUUUGUUAACAUCUGACCCUCGGCUGCGUGACUGUGUCCGUCAGCUGAGGCAAUCCACACGUGACUCCAUUGGGCCUGUCAUGAUGGACAAGAAGCUCUUCAGAAGGUGUGUGGGCAACAACAUCAUGCUGCUGACUAAAGCCUUCAGAAAAAAGUUCAUCAUCCCCAACUUUGAUGAGUUUACACAGCGGGUCAAUCAGAUGUAUGACAGAGCACAACUGCAGGAGGGAGGACAAGUAGCUGAUUACAUUCCUCAGCUUGCUAAAUUCGGUCCUGAUCUCUGGGGUGUAUCUCUGUGCACAAUUGAUGGACAGAGACACUCUGUGGGUGACACCAAGGUUCCCUUCUGUCUGCAGUCGUGUGUGAAGCCUCUGGAGUACUCCAUCGCCGUGCAUGAAAUUGGCAGUGAUCAUGUUCACCAGUUUGUAGGCAAAGAGCCCAGUGGACUCAAGUUCAACAAACUGUCACUAAACGAGGAAGAUAAACCUCACAACCCGAUGGUGAAUGCUGGAGCUAUCGUCAUCAGUUCUUUACUAAAGCCUAAUUCAAACAAGGCCGAGAGGUUCGACUACGUGAUGGAGUUCCUAAAGGCCAUGGCUGGCACAGAAUAUGUGGGGUUCAACAAUGCAACUUUCCAGUCAGAGAGGGAGACCGGGGAUAGGAAUUAUGCAAUUGGUUAUUACCUCAAAGAAAAAAAGUGCUUUCCUGACAAUGCUGACAUGACUGCGGCCCUCGACUUCUAUUUUCAGUUGUGCUCCAUAGAGGUGACCUGUGAGUCAGGAAGUGUCAUGGCUGCCACACUGGCCAACGGGGGUAUUUGUCCAAUCACAGGCGAGCGAGUGCUGAGCGCCGAAGCAGUUCGUAACACGCUGAGUCUCAUGCACUCAUGUGGAAUGUACGACUUCUCUGGACAAUUUGCUUUCCAUGUUGGCUUGCCUGCUAAAUCUGGCGUUUCAGGUGCUGUGCUGCUCGUGGUCCCCAAUGUCAUGGGUAUGAUGUGUUGGUCCCCACCUUUAGAUCGGCUUGGGAACAGCGUGCGUGGCAUUCACUUCUGUCAGGAUCUGGUGUCUUACUUCAACUUCCACAAUUACGACAACCUGAGACAUUUCACGAGGAAACACGACCCUAGAAGGAGAUCAGACGAGGAUCCAAACAAGUCAGUCGUGAACCUGAUGUUUGCCGCCUACAGUGGUGACGUCUCUGCUCUGAGGAGGUUUGCCCUUUCAGGUUUGAACAUGGAGCAGACAGACUACGACUCCCGCACAGCACUCCACAUCGCUGCUGCAGAAGGUCAUGUGGAAGCUGUGAUCUUUCUAACUGAAGUAUGUAAAUUGAAUCCUCACAUGAAAGACAGAUGGGGAAACACACCUCUAGAUGAUGCCAGGCAGUUCGGCCAUGAUCUUGCAGUUUCAGUCCUGCAAGAAUAUCAGAGUGCGUACGCUGACACCGAAUCAACGUCUGACACAGACGAGCAGAAGAACGUGCUGGAUACGUUGAAGAGCAUUGUCUAAACCAUAAAGGAUCAUGAGGGUUUGUAAUAGAAAUGAAUCUAUUUUAUUAAACACCUGAGAGGACUAAAAGGACACUGGAUGAUUGAGAGAAGUUGUGAAUGACUGAGUUUAUCCUAAAUAUGGGAAUAUUUAAGUUAUAUAACAAUAAUGUGGGGAUCAUCCUUUAGACUGUUGAAAAGCUGUACAUAGUAGUAUUAAGUCCCUUUUAAAUGCUUUUCUGCACUCUGGAGGGAUUGUAUCAACAAAGCACUAUAUAAGAAAGCAGGCAAUGUGUUGCUUGUGUGUGAGAAUGACGUUAAUUUAAACUGUGAUUUGGUUUGUGUUGCAACAUUAAUUUUGUAUCUAAUUGUAUAUGUAAUUAUUGUGCUUUUUUUUUUUUUAAAUGUUGAAAUACUUAAUAUUCUAAUUUUUCAGUGUGGUAUUUAAUCAGGGGGUUUUUAUGCCCAGUGUAAUUAUUGUAUAAAUAUUUUCCAAAGCUGCUUAAUUAAUUCUUCUACCUCAACAGGAGGUGAGUCUGUUGCAUUUGUGCCUAAAACACUGUGAGGACUGUUUUGUUGCAGUUGAUUCUAGUUUACUGAGGCUCAUAGGUCAGUUUAUACAUUGCUGAUAUCUUCUGUUUCAUGUGGUUAUUAUUUGUUUCUUUUUGGAGGAACUACAUUUUCAUUAGUGUGAUCUCUUUUUAUUGGUUACUUGUAUUUAACAGAAACAUCUCCAGGUCUCAGGCACUGGGAACAAUGCAUAGUUUAGUUCAUUUAACACAAAAAGAGAUAACAUUUAGUUAAGCGAACAAAACAUAUAGUGUUAAAAGUGAUACUCAUUCAUACUCAUUCAGUACAAUACAAUCAGGAAAAUUACAACUGCCACUUGUUAGUACAGUGUAUCUAUUUUAAAGUGAUUGCAUUGUACUUAAUUCAUGGUUGAGUCACACUAUACUCUCCUGUAUUCUUCUAAAAAUGAAUGCUUUUUUUUAUUGUUUUAUUCAGUGUGCCACUUCAUUUAAGUGUGGCAGUGAAUUGAUACCUCAUAAAACAUUAGUCUGUGAAUAUGUAUCAUCUUGUUGUAAACAAAAGAGAACUGUGAAACUUUCUGUGAAGUUAUUUUAUUAAACAAUAUAUAUAGUAUGAACAUGAA